CCGUGCCGGCGGCGGCGCGGCGGCGUAACGUCAGCGCUGACGCGCGGCUGCCGCCUCGCCUCUCCAAGAUGGCGUCGCUGCUGCAGUCGGAGCGGGUGCUGUACCUGGUGCGCGGCGAGAAGAAGCUGCGGGCGCCGCUGUCGCAGCUGUACUUCUGCCGGUACUGCAGCGAGCUCCGCUCCCUGGAGUGCGUCUCCCACGAGGUGGACUCUCACUACUGCCCCAGCUGCCUGGAAAACAUGCCUUCGGCCGAAGCCAAGCUGAAAAAGAAUAGGUGUGCCAACUGCUUUGACUGCCCCUGCUGCAUGCACACCCUUUCCACCCGGGCCACCAGCAUUCCUGCUCCGCUCCCUGAUGACCCGGCUAAGACUACCAUGAAGAAGGCGUAUUACUUGGCCUGUGGAUUUUGCCGCUGGACUUCCCGGGAUGUUGGCAUGGCAGACAAGUCUGUUGCUAGCGGUGGCUGGCAGGAGCCGGAGAAUCCUCACACACAGAGGAUUAACAAACUGGUUGAGUACUACCAGCAGUUGGCUCAGAAAGAGAAGAUCGAGCGGGACCGGAAGAAGCUGGUGCGGCGCCGAAACUACAUGCCUCUCGCCUUUUCGGACAAAUACGGCUUGGGAACCAGGCUUCAACGCCAGAGGCCCGGAGCACCGAUCAGUGCCCUCGCUGGACUUUCCCUGAAAGAAGGAGAGGACCAGAAGGAGAUCAAGAUUGAGCCAGCUGAUGCAGUGGAAGAAGUGGAACCUCUUCCUGAGGAUUACUACACAAGGCCAAUCAAUCUGACAGAAGUGACGACUCUGCGUCAGCGUCUGCUGCAGCCUGACUUCCAGCCGAUCUGUGCGUCCCAGCUCUACCCACGUCAUAAGCACCUCCUGAUCAAACGUUCGCUGCGCUGUCGGCUAUGUGAACAUAACCUGAGCAAACCAGAAUUCAACCCAACAUCUAUCAAAUUCAAGAUCCAGCUGGUUGCCGUUAACUAUAUCCCUGAAGUGAGAAUCAUGUCUAUUCCCAACCUGCGCUACAUGAAGGAGAGCCAAGUCCUUCUGACUCUGACUAAUCCAGUGGAGAACAUCACACAUGUCACACUGCUGGAGUGCGAGGAGGGAGACCCUGACAAUAUCAACAGCACUGCCAAGGUGGAAGUUCCUCCCAAGGAGCUGAUUCUGGCUGGCAAAGAUGCUGCAGCAGAAUAUGAUGAGCUGGCAGAGCCUCAAGACUUCCAAGAUGACCCUGAUGUUAUUGCCUUCAGAAAAGCCAAUAAGGUAGGAGUUUUCAUCAAGGUCACCCCACAGAAAGAAGAGGGUGAAGUGACCGUGAGUUUCAAGAUGAAGCACGAGUUUAAAAUCCUCACCGGUCUAAUCCGGCCCUGCGAGGAAGAGGAUCAUACCUCUGGGGUCAUCUGGCUCACCCAUCACGUGGAGCUCAGCCUCGGUCCAGUGCUCCCAUAAAUGCUCCCAACGCUUGCGCCCCGACAGCUGGCUGCAGGACGGACUGUCACAGCGAAGAAAGCACCUGGUGAAGCAUUCUGUGAGAGCUCCUUUGUGAUGUGUGGGUGUGUGCCACGGGCCCCAGCCGGGCCACGAGGAGGUGGCUGAGGGUGCCGUGGUUUUGGGAUGGUUUGUUCUCUCUCCUCUUGUCGUAGUGCCCACUAACUACCGCUCCGCUUCCCCACACCGCCACAGGCUAGUUUAACUUGCAGCACGUGUUUCAGCACAGAGAAAGAUUUUCUCUCCAGAUUUACACUACACCUGGCUGAAUUCGGGUUUAUCAAAAAAACUGGUAUUUUUUCUCCAUGUCAGCCCACAGACCUCAUGUUACGUACUGAGUAGCGAACAAACUCUUUUUCACACAGACCUAUGCCCUUCCCAAACAAACAUUUUAAGAGGUGGCCAUGUCUGCUGCGUUGUUGGCAAGUUAUUGGCAGCAGCACGACACUUUGUUUUCUGCUUCCUCGUAGGAUACCUCAGCUGCAGGGGAUUGGGACAUCCAACCCCACCGCUCUGGCAUAUGUAGCUUGCUUAGCCAAGGUGAUAGGUCUGUUUUCACAAAGGAAAUUAUCAGUUUGCCUUUAAACUCAAAAGGUAGUGUACUGUAGUGGUCAUGGAUUUGACUGGCAACUGAGCCUGCUGUCAGCCCGCUGUGUUGCAGGUGGGCGUGGUAGCAUGAUGCGCCGUGAGCUGGGAAUUCAGGUUCUGGUACAGCUCUUGACUGAGGCAGGGAUGCUCCAGAGAGGCUCCCUGGCAGUCUUCAGAUCAGUUAAUGUGUGCCGGUAGGGGUGGUAAUUGGAGUAUGAAACUGGGAGAGCUAAGAUUAGGUCUGGUAUUCAUAAAACUACAGGGGCUGUUUGAGUUCAUACUCUUUUUCCAGUUAGGGUGGGUGGAAGGAAGGUAUAAAGGUGGAAGGACAGUUACACAUUAACCAGCAUACACUGUACCAUAAGGUAAUUUACCUGGGGUGCAACUUGGCUAUAGUCCUAGCUAAAAACCAGUAAUUAAGAGCAGUGUAUCCAGGAUACUGUAUUGCCAUUACUGCGUAGCUUAGUGCAAGCAGGUGGGAUCGUUCUUCCUGCAGAGCAUUCCCAGUUCAGACACUGACCUUUGUUAGACAUUUCUGAUGGAUGUCGGCAUGCUGCGGUGCUGGGAAAGGCUUAAAUACCUGCCAGCCACGGCUUUGUUGCUCAAGACACUUGGUGCCAUGGUUUUGCCAGCCUGGAGCUGCAAACCCCCUGCGCAGGAGGGCGGGAUGAGACUCCCCGCUCUCCAGGGCAGGCGGUGGUGCAGCACCCAAAAACAUCUCCUGUAGUGCCAGAGACCUGCCAUGGUGCACCUGGCAGCCUAAGCCCUGCAGUGAGUGUCACAGCAGCGUGGCGUCACGGUGCCAGCGUUGUGUAGGCUGCACGUGGAUGUUCGGCAUGAGCGUAGGACUUGCAGUUUGUAGUUAAUGUCUCACACCUGCCGUGGCUUUCCCUGGCCAGGUAGCAAAGCACUUAACCUUUAGCUGCAACUUAUCCUCGUCAGUAGCCAAAAUAGCUGCUACACUUGUGACACUAACACGGAACAGAGCCUUCCAGGGCGACCUGGGCUCGAGCUGCCGCCCCGGGUCCCGCUGGGGCUGGUGCCUGCCGUCCCCGGGCUGGGGUUUGCAUGGCCUGCUCCCGAUAUGCGCCGCUCCUCGCUGAGAACAAGAUGGUGCAUCGAUUUAUCAUAUUCUGAGCGGUCUAAUUACCUCGGUGAGUUGUUUGUUCCCCCCCGCCCCCAUCCCUGUAGGUGCUUGUAGGCGAUAGGAAAGGUGUCGGCGUGUCUGUCUGUCUGUCCCCGCUCCUUGGAGCAUCUGCCCCUUCCCCCCAGGCCUUGCCGCUUGACGUCGUGUAGUGACCUUCAAUAAAGCAAACGUGGCUCUCA